AUGAAUGGUCCCAUCCCUGUUCCACAUGCGUGGUAUCAGCCAGGUGGCCUCCUCAUUGGUGGGAUUUCCUCUCAUCUCACUUUCUCUCUUGAUGAAAGAUUAUAUGAAGGCGAUCCUUCCAAGACGCAGAUUAGAAUUCUAGAUGUGACAACAAAAUUUUACCAGCACAUCCUAGCCUUGGCAUUUGCUGUGAAUGAGAUCAAUGUGAAUCUCCAGUUGUUGCCCAAUAUCACACUUGGAUUUCACAUCCUUGACAGCUAUAGCAAUGCACAGAUGACGUAUCGUACCACUCUAGAACUGCUGUUCAAAUCACAUCGAUUUGUCCCCAACUACAAAUGUGACACCCAGAAAAAACUCAUAGGCAUCAUUGGAGGACUUGGCUUUGAUACGUCUUCUUGUAUGGCCGACAUUUUAAGUUUCUACAAAAUGCCACAGCUUCAUCAAUUUCUUCAAUGGAUCUCAUUCAACAACUCAGCUGGAGAAAUGGUGUCCUUUAAUGAUCGAAGGGAAACCGAAGGUGGAUUUGACAUCAUUAAUUUGGUCACCUUCCCCAAUGCCUCCUUCCAGAAAGUGAAAGUUGGAAAAGUUGAUCCCAAUGCUCCUGAAGGAGAAGAAUUCAUCAUUAAUGGUGAUAUGAUUCUCUGGCACAGAGGGUUUAACCAGAAGCCAAAACCCACAGUAUGUAAAAGAAUAACAACGUACAUAUCUCAUUGUAACUCUUUCCAUGCUUAUGGGCAGGUGCUUCCCCUUUCUGUGUGCAAUGAAUGCUGCCAGCCUGGCAAUCAGAAGAAAAGGAAGGAAGGGGAGAAGUUUUGCUGCUAUGAUUGUGAUCCAUGCCCAGAUGGGAAGAUUUCAAAUGAGACAGAUACGGAUGACUGCUUCAACUGCCCGGAGGAUCAAUAUCCAAACAAACACAACAAUGGGUGCAUCCACAAAACCUUAAUAUUUCUGUCGUAUCAAGAACCUUUGGGAUUAAGUUUAUCCUCCAUUGCUGUUUCUUUCUCCUUGAUCACAGCCAUAGUGUUGGGAACUUUUUUAAAGCACAAAGAGAGCCCCAUAGUCAAAGCCAACAACCGGGGCCUCACCUACACUCUCCUCAUCUCUCUCCUGCUCUGCUUCUUAUCCUCUUUGCUCUUCCUUGGCCAUCCUGGGGAAGUGACGUGUCUCAUCCGACAAGCAGCUUUUGGCAUCGUCUUUUCAGUGGCCAUUUCUUCUGUCCUUGCCAAAACCACCAUAGUUUCUCUAGCCUUCAUAGCCACAAAACCUGGUUCUCGGAUGAAGAAAUGGCUGGGGAAAAGACUGGCUUGUUCCAUCGUCAUGUCCUGUUCCAUUAUUCAAGCAAGCGUUUGUGUUGUGUGGCUGGCCACCUCUCCCCCAUUCCCUGAUGUCGACAUGCACUCAGAAACUGAAGAAAUCAUUGUGCAAUGUAAUGAAGGGUCCGAGACCAUGUUUUAUUCUGUCCUGAGCUACAUGUGGCUCUUGGCCAUCACCAGCUUCAUCAUGGCCUUCCUAGCACGCAAAUUGCCAGAUAGUUUUAAUGAAGCCAAAUUUAUCACAUUCAGCAUGUUGGUUUUUUGCAGUGUGUGGGUCACCUUUGUUCCCACCUACCUGUCCACAAGAGGAAAAGACAUGGUGGCUGUGGAGAUCUUCUCCAUCUUGUCCUCCGCUGCUGGAUUACUGGGUUGUAUCUUUUUGCCUAAAUGCUACACAAUUCUGCUGAGGCCUGAGCUGAACAGCAGGGAACAACUCAUAAGGAGAAAGGGUUGA